UGGACCUCAUGUCAAUUCAGGGAGUAAUCAUAUCUAUAACAAAAUUAUUGAUCGUGAUUGGUUCUCCGUGCACCUAUUUGUCACGAUAUCAGCGCGUGAUCAUGUGGGUGUCCAAUAAUACAGGUAUCCAAUUUGAACUUUAUGUAAUUGAAUACCUGUAAUUGGAUGCCCUCAUGAUUUGCAUGUCAAUUAUGCACACUUUAACGGCUUCCUUCACCAUGUUUCCUACAGUUCUCAAAACAUAUGAAAAGCAAUACAGAUGUUUUCACUCAAAAGAAGUUCUCAGAAGACAUUUUUAAUUCUGAAAUUCCGUUUUCGCUCAAAGGAAUUUCUCAAAAGACAUUUUUAAUUCCAUAAUUUCAAAUCUGCCUCGUGCUUUGUGCAUGCCCGAUUUUGAAAUUAAUUGCCCGAUUACUCCCUGAAUUGUACUCCACUCGGUCCAAUUACUAUUACUUAAUCUUUUUGUCAUUCAUUUUCAUUGGUUAUCUUUUAUAUGUAGCAUUGUUGUGCAAAGGAAAAGAUACAUAAGUUAACAUGUACACCCCACAUGUAUGCAUAUAUGUCUUCCCUCCCCAGUCAUAAUACUUCAUUUGAUUGGAUACAAAACAGCAUUUUUUUUUUUAUCUCACCAGUUUUUAAGUUGCUUAUCUUAUAUUUACAUACCACUCAUCACUCAUCCUCUUCGCUCCUUCAUGAGUGGAGCAUAGGACCACAAAUGUUUACAUACCAGUACAUAUAAAUCUAGAGAUAAAGAGCAUACAAAAAUCAUCUUCAACAACAUGUCUAAAGUUGAAAUGAAGGAGAAAAGUUUGACGAAUGGAUUGUCUUCAAAGGCAUAGGUCUGUAAUGCUACUGGAAAUGGGAAUUCAUCAAAUGCUUCAGCAAGAUCCAUGAACAGAAACACAGCUCAGAAUGAUGGCCAGGAUACGGAACAUUCCUCACAUCCUUCAAAUGCUGGACAAAGUAAUAAAUCAGGUCUUGACAGUCACACUAAUACUUCAGCAGAAAGGCUGUUCAAGUGUACUUAUUGUGAAAAGUUCUAUAAAGAUCCAGAAUACUUAAAAGUUCAUGAAAGAAUCCACACAGGAGAGAAGCCUUAUAAAUGCGGUGAGUGUGGAAAAUGUUUUGCAAAGUCAAGUAACCUGGUGACUCACAAGAAAAUCCAUAGCAGUGAUCGACCUCACAAAUGUGAUCAGUGUGAGAAGAGUUUUAAGCGCUCCCAGGAGCUGAAACAUCACAAAAUGAGGCUGCACAGUGAAGGAGAAAGACCGUAUAAAUGCUGUCACUGUGAUAUAUCCUUCAUCAUUUCUUCUGAACUUAAAACUGAUGUGAGGAUCCAUAGUGGGGAGAAGCCCUUUAAGUGCACAUAUUGUCCAAAGUCUUUUCGAACUGCUGAGUAUCGUAGGUCCCAUGAAAGAGGCCACAGUGGUGACAAACCAUUUAAAUGCCCCCACUGUACCAAGACAUUCAAAACUUUUUUUGAACGAAAGGUUCAUAGCAGAACCCACACUGGUGACAAACCUUACAAGUGCUCACAAUGUGAUAAGUCAUUUGCCCAAGGACAGCAGCUGAAGUCCCAUGAACGAUUCAAGUACAGUGGAAACAAGCCAUUCAAGUGCUCACAAUGUGACAAGUCUUUCAAAUCAUCAUGUUAUUUUCAGAUACAUUCCAGAAUACACACUGGAGAGAAGCCUUACAAAUGUGAACUUUGUGAAAAACACUUUAAAUCAUUGUGGGAGCAGAAAUCACAUGCACGAAUGAUUCACAGCAAUUUAAAACCGUUCAAGUGUACAUUAUGUGACCAGAAAUUUAAGGCAUCAAACGUUUUGAAAAUACACAUGCGGAGAAAACACACUAAAGAAAAACCAUUUAAAUGUACUCUAUGUGAUCGUUUAUUUGCAGCAACAUCCGAUCUCAAAGUUCACCAAAGGGUACAUAAGGAAAACCCAUUUAAAUGUACUCAUUGUGAAAAGACUUUCAGACAAGAACGUCUUCUGAAAGCUCAUGAAAAGGUACACAACAAUGACACAUUCCCAUGCACUGUGUGUGGAAAAAAGUUUAAGAAAGCUUGGUACACAAAAGAACACAUGAAGAUACAUACAAGUGAAAGGCCAUUCCAAUGUUGGCUAUGUGGAAAAGAAUUUAGUCUACAAAAGUAUCUGGCCAAUCACACAAACAAAUGUGUCAAGGGUUUGUUGGAGGGAGCAGACUGAACAUUCUUGGCAAAACUAGCCCAAGGCAGAAAAUAUCAAGUUCUGGUAUUCUAAUUCAAAGACACUUUGCAUAAAUGACACCAGUAUUUGAGUAGCAAUACUUAGACAUUCCAGGCCUCACAUUUAUGUGAACAAUCCUUUGUCUGGAAACAUUAACAUGAGGCUUGGGACAUAUAGAGCAUAAUUUGUUAUUCAAAUUUUGGGCUCCAUUUAUGCAACUGUCUGCAGGGCUCAACAUUCAGGGAAAAACCUUGGGGCCAGCUGGUCCCUAAGUUUGCAGAUUUAGUCACCAGCAAAAGUAUUUUGUUUAAAAGCUUGAAAAGUUAGUCACAAUUGCAAAAAAUUGGUUGCAUUGGCAACCCGAGGUCUAUCAGCUCAACUUUUCUCUCUUGAGAUAAUUCUUGUGUAUAAUUAAUUCCAGGGAUGAUAAUUGCCUUUGAAAUGUUUUUUAGAGACUUGGAACCUUUUGUUACAGUAAGGACACUCAAACUGCAAACGCUUGAUAUUCUUUUGUUCCUUUUUCUAUUGACUAUAGAAUGCAGGCUCUUCCUUUUAACAAGAGUAUUUAGUGUUUUUACACUUUUAAAAUGCUAAAAUUAUACAUUAUGUGAUGAGCCUUUAUUCUAUGGUCAAAAAAAUGGCAAGUGUUCAUGGUUCCAGUAUCCCUACUGUUAUAUCUGCGGAAGAAAGAACCUUUAUAACUAAUUAUUUGGUUUGUUGAUGAGUUUCCAAGUCAAAUCACUAUAUUUGGAACCUCUUUCAAGCAACCCCCUCUCGUAAGUG